UCUGCUUCUCUGUAAACGGACACCCUCACACUCACCUGACCCCGCCCCUCCGGACCAACCCGCCGCCGCAGCGAGCGCACCGUCUGGGAACUUCCCUCAGUUUGUUCCCGAGCGGAGCUGGAGGCACCGAACCGGAUCGACCGGGUCAACCGGAGCCGCUCUGAGGGGACGGAGCACCGGGACUCACCAGGACUCAGUGUUCUGGUUCUGGUUCUGGGUUUUUAUCCGGACGAGGCGGGUUUUCAGGUCCAGGAGGUUCGGAGGGGAUCAGAAGCAGCUGCGUUCAUGUGGAGCCUAAAAACCCGGAGAGCAUCAGCUGAUUGAUUGAUUGAUUGAUUGGCGGGUCAUGAUUCGGUUCUGAUCUCAUCAUGGACCUCCAGCUGCUGCUGCUGCUGAUGAUGAUGAUGAAGAGGAGCGGAGCCGCCGUGAGGCCGCAGACAUCUGGCAGUGGCAGAGAGACGUUCGCUCACGGAGGAAUUAGAAACAAACGCUACGCUAUCAACCCCCUGGGACACAAGUGGACUCAUCACAACAUCACAUACAGGAUCACUAAGUUUCCCAACACUCUGAAUGUGGAGGACACCAGGAAGGCCAUCAGCAUCGCCUUCACCAAAUGGAGCGACGUGUCGCCGCUGACCUUCACUGAGGUCACCGAGGUCAACGCCACGGCUGACAUCACCAUCGGUUUCUACACCUUCAACCACACCGACUGCUGGUGGUCUCCUCUCCACCCGUGUUUUGACGGUCUGAACGGGGAGCUGGCUCACGCCUUCCUGCCGCCACGAGGAGAAAUCCACUUCGACAACCACGAGUUCUGGAUCCUCGGCAAGUCCAGGUUCAGCUGGAAACAAGGCGUUUGGCUUAACGACUUGGUCCAGGUGGCGGCUCAUGAGAUCGGUCACGCUCUGGGUCUGUGGCACUCCAGAGACCCUCAGGCUCUGAUGCAUCCCAACGCCACCUACACUGGACAGAGGAACAUCGCCCAGGACGACGUCUGGGGCAUCCAGAGGCUCUACGGUUGUCUGGAUAAGAAGAGGGUCUGUGAUCCGUGGGCUCGACUUGGUUUCUGUGAGCGGAGGAAGACCUUCAUGAAGAAGAACUGUCCUCAGCGCUGUGACCUCUGCUAUGAGCCUAUGGAUCCCGUCGCCACGCCAACGCCGCCUCCGGCCAACGUGAAGAUCAAGAUGGUUCCUAGGGGAAAGGUGGUAGGUUUCCGCUGUGGAACCAAAAACCCUCGAUCGCCUCCGAAAGUCAGCUGGUACAAAGACGGCGAGCAGAUCCUCACCUCCAUCCCGGGCUACAUCGUCAUGAAGGACCGAGACCUCCGCAUCGUCGCCAACGAGUUCAACGAGGGCGUCUACACCUGUCGCAUCCAUCGCCGUGGUGACAUCGUAUCUGCCAACUCAUGGGCGAUCCGGCUGAAACCAGAACCACCGUCCAACAGCUGAGGACGUCUGCAGGGAGACGGACAAACGGCCAAUGAGGUGAUGACGGGAAGGUUUGUGGAACUCGCAGCGGUCAGAUCUGUGGAUUAGCAGGAGGUCAGAUGGUUCAAGCUGCAUCUUCAACAUGUUUGAACCUUAUUCCAGGUUUUCUGAUGCUUCGUUGGCAGACCUGUGAAUCGGUUUUGUUACAGAACAGACUGCAAAUCUGUAGCAGCUCUUUGGUUCCAGCAGGACUUCAUGUCACAAACUCAUAAUCCUGUAAAAUGUCUUUUAUUGUUUUAUUUCUGUUCCACCUGAGCUGCUGUGUCCGGGUGGUUCAUGUUUACAUCUCUAGCUUCUGUUACUGUGGCCAAAAAACCUAAAAACAGCAGCUCUAUUAAAAUGUUUAAGUUCGACAAACUCAGAUCGACACAGUUUUUAAGUUGUACCCUGCAGAGAUGGUGAUUGUUGUUACAGCCAUGAAAGCUAUCUUUAGCUAAUUACCUUUAGUUGGUUAUCUUUAGCUCGCUAAUUUUAGCUGGUUAACUUUUGUUUACUUGCUGUAGUUGGCUAAUUCUGGCCUGCUAAAUUUAACUAGCUAGCACUGGCUUGCUUGCUGUAGUUAGCUAAUUCUGGCCUGCUAACUGUAGCUAGCUAACUUUGGCUUGCUUGCUGUAGUUGGCUAACUUUUGCCCGCUGUGUUAGCUGUCCAAGACUCAAUCAGACCAACACAUUUUUUAUGUUGUAGCUUCUAGAAAAAUUUAUUAUUGUUACAGCCACAACAGCUAACAUUAGCUGUUUAACUUUGCUCUACUAACUUUCCCUGGUUAAUUUUGGCUAAAUAAGUGUGGCUUGCUCAGGUUGGUUUAUUAAAUUUGACUUGCUAACUUUAGCUCGCUCACCUUGGCUUGCACACUGGAAAAGAUUAUCAAGUUGACUUCAGCUAGCUGAAUUUAGUUUGCUAACAUUAGCCGGCCAACUUUGGUUAGCUAACUUUAACUGGCUAACCUUAGUUGGCUAACUCUAGCAUCCGCAGCUUAUCUGGUUAACUUUGACUCAUAAAUUUAGUUGGCUAUUUUUUACUCCCUAACUUCGGCUUGCUUACUAUUACUGGCUAACUUUAGCUCAGUUACUUUAGGUAGAUCAAUAGAUCAAAUAGCAGCAACAGUAAUGUGACUCCCCCGUCCCCUUUGACCUUCAACUGUUUUGAUUCUUAGCAAUACUCAACUUUGACUUUUGUCCUCUGUAGUAACCAUAGCGAUGUGGCCAUUUUGGAGUGGUGGUCAUAAGUGGUUCUGUAGGUUAUGUGAUGGUACAAAGCUGACUUUUUUAUCUGAAUAUGUAAAUUAUUAUUCCUAUAGUACACAACAGAACUGAGUACACCCCUGAGCAAAUGAUUCUGAAUUGUAUCACCUCGCAGUAAUCAGAUUACUUCUAAGUCGAACAGUAGGGGAUAUGACGUAGCACAUACAUUUGAUACAUACAGAGGCAUGCUGCCAUCAGUAGAUUCCAUCUCCCGAACACUUUUUGCACUCAUGCAGCCCCAUAUCAUCACGUUAACACCUCCGUUCUUCACUGUCAGGAUUAUGCAUUCACUGUGGUGGUCCUGGUCAGGUUCACAUCACACUUGAGCAGAGUUUCAUUUUGAAGUUUUGUACCAAAGAGCAAACAACUUUUUUGUUCUUGUCGUCCGUCCAUAGAGGUUGAUGUCCUUCACACUUUCGGAGCUUCACAGAAACUCUGAUUUCCAUUGAUAAUUAAGUCUGAAGCAGCUGCUUAUUGUUUUUCACAGCUAGAUUUUUUAAAGUAGUGCAGCCCUGAUUAGUGGUACUAUGGCUCCUUCUGUACCUCCUGAUUGCUGUUGACACUGUUUCACUGAUUUCGAGUUGAUCUUCCUGGAUGUUUUUCCAUCUUUUUUCCAGCAGAUUUUUUUAGUUCAAUUCAGCAAUUCUUUUUCAUGUGGAGCCAUGAUGUAGACAUACAGAUAGACACUACCCAUAGGUCCAAAACUGACAAAUUUCUGGCGUUUACUGUUCAUUUCUUUAACCAGUUGGAUUGCUUGGAAAUCACAGCUGUAGUCAGUUUAGUUUCAGUGAUCACAGAUGCAUUUGCUUUUGUUGCUACUUUGGUUCCUGUAUUUUCAAAUACUAUCUUUAUGAAGUCUUUGUUUUUUACUGUUUAUGAGAUGACCUGCACUACUGGUCAACUUAGAAAUACCGCAGUUAUUCAGAGGUGCUACAAUUACAGUAAUUUGACCUGUGAGGUGUUUAUCUUCUUACUGUUUGUGACAGUUUCCUUCCUUUUGAAUUAAUUUGUUCUGUUAUCCUACCCAUGUAGGUUUUUGUUUCUUUCUCUCUGUGGAGUUUAGGAGGAUAUUUGUGGCUUUCUGCUGGUGAAAACAAUAAUCUGUGGAUCAGUAUUUUUGUGGUCUUCAUGUUUCGAGGACGAACUCUAUGAACCUAAAACCACAGGAGUUUAUGUGAGCAGUUUUCAUUGAGGUGAACGAGGGGCCGGGUCUCCUAUUACAUCUGAGCUAAUAACAGAUUGAUAACAGAUCUCAGCGCCGGACAUCCAAACACAAAAAGACUUCAGCUUCAUCUUCUUGUGACAUGAAUCAGCCACUUCUUGUUUACACAAGGACAGAUCUGUUAAAGGCAUGUUUUUACCUCACUGUGAUGGAAUAUAACAGGUUUACUCACUCAGUUUAACUGGAUCUCAAGAAAAUCUGCUUAAGAAAAUGUGAAUUAUUGCAAUUCCAUCCACUGCUACAUUUAAAGGAGUCAGUAACAGGGCAAAAGUUUUGUUUUUUGAAAAUAUGUCUGUGAAGAUUCUCAGUCAUCCACGUGCGUCAGAGGAAACUAGUUGGACUUCUUGGUUUUGGAAGAUGUUUCAUUUCACCUUUAUGCAAAAGGCCUCUUCAGAUCUAACAAAGCGGUGGGGAGUCAUCCAUCCCCAGGCAGUUUCACCACAACUGAUACCCUGAGUCAUCUGUCCUCAUCAGUUUUAUCACUAUUAGCACCUCGAGUCAUACCUUCCUAGGCAGUUUCACCACCAUUUGGACCUCAGGGUACGUGAGUCUUCUCUAUAUUCAAUGGGGUAGCCAUCUCUAGUCAGAGAGUCUACCAUACCAAAUAUCAGGUAGUUAGUCCUGAGAUCCCUCCUCAGGCAGUUUUACUGUAAUUAACACCUUGGGUCCCCCUUCCCCAUGCAAUCUCACCACCCUUCCUACCUUGAGUCAUCCCACACAGUACACCACACAGUUUGCCUGCCAUUGACACUUACAGUCACCCAUUCCCAAGCAGUUUCACCCCCUUUAACACCUUAAAUCAUCCCUCACCAGGCAGUUUUACCAACAUUCACACCUUAGGGCAUGAGAGUCUUGCCUAUGUUUAAUGGAAUAGACAUCUUUAGACAGCUGAGGGAGUCUUCCACACCACUUAUCAGGUAGUUAUGAUACAGUCUUGGGAUCCCUCACCAUGCAAUUUGACUACGAAUAAUUCUUUAAGUCAUUCCUCCCCAUGCAGUUUUACCUUCAUUUACACCUUGAGUCAUCCCCUCUCGGGAAGUUUCACCAUCAGUAACACUUUAAAUCAUCCCUUCCCUGAAGUUUUACCAGCAUUGUGACUUUGAACCAUUUCUCACCAGGCAAUUUUACUACUAUUAACAUUUUGACACAUCAUUCGCCAGACAGGUUUGCCACUACAACACCAUGAGCCAUUCCUCCCCUGGCAGUUCACUAUCAUUUACACAUUUUAAUCUGUUUAACUGGAACAGCCAUCUCUAAACAAAGAAAGGGGUCUAUGACACCACUUAUCAGCUACUUAUAAUGCAGUUCUGAGAUCCCUCCCCAAGCAGUUUCGCCAUAAUUUACAUCAUAAAUCAUCCCUCACCAGACAGUUUGACCGACAUUUGCACCUUAGGGCAUGAGAAUCUUGCCUAUGUUCAAUGGAAUAGCCAUCUCUAGACAGCGAAGAGGGUCUUCCACACCACUUAACAGGUAGUUAUGGGUAGUACUGAGAUCCCUCGCCAGGCAAUUUGACUACAAAUAAUUCUUCAAGACAUUCAUCCCCAUGCAGUUUUACCGUCAUUUACACCUUGAGUCAUCCCCUCUUGGGAAGUUUCACCACCAGUAAUACUUUUAAUCAUCCCUCCCGUGGUAGUUUGGCCAGCGUUGUGACAUUAGCCUUCCCUCCACUGGUAGUUUCACCAUCUUUGACAUCUUGAGUCAUCCCACCCCUGGCAAUUUGAACACCAUUCACACCUUAAGGGUCAUUAACAGGCAUUAGGUCAUGUGAUUUUGGGGUUAGAAUGAAUGCCUAGUUCUCCUCACCAGUCAGAAAUGAGAAAGUCUCUUGGAUGAAGGUGAAACAUCUUCAGGAACCAAAAACAAAAGUCUGGUUGUCUUCUCCUGAAACAAUUAGGUUUGGAAACACAGUUAUUAAAACCACAAAUCAACAGCAGCUCUUAUAAACUUAGAUUUCACAUAGUCUAUAGUAAUCUUGGAGCUGUAUUUGUAUGAUACUGACUCCUGUUUGGGUUAACAAGACUCUUGUUUACAUGGAAACAGACUGUAGACGCCGGCGUCCACACAGCAGAAAGACGUUGAACCACUUGAAUGAAGAAGAAAACGUGGAGAAAUCAGAUAUUUCUGUUAGUUUUAGUUUUUAGUUCUGGUGCUCAGCUCAUAGUUUCACAUAGUUUUAGUUGUGAUUCAUGUACAUCUGUUUCUGCUUUGCUUUUGUAGAUGUUUUUUUUUCUCCUCAAAAAUGUUUUUUUUAAUGCAAAUUGAAAAUGCUGAUGGAGACACAUCAACUUUGGUUCAGGUUUCUCAGAUUUAGCUUAUUCCGCUUCCGUCUUUUUGUUUCGUGACACAAAUAAAAAUGUUCAUCUGA